AACCCCAUAAAAGCGAAGCAAAUCGGAACCCUCAUGAAAGCGAAGCAAGUCUGAACUUCCAUAAAAGCGAAGCAAGUCUGAACCUCCAUGAAAGCGAAACAGAUCAGAACUCUCAUGAAAGCAAAGUAAAUCAGAACCCCCAUGAAAGCGAAGCAAAUCAAAACCUCCAUGAAAGCGAAGCAAGUCUGAACCCCCAUAAAAGCAAAACAAAUCAGAACCCUCAUGAAAGCGAAGCAAAUCAGAACCCCCAUGAAAGUAAAGCAA